AUGACGGACAGCGGCAAGUGUGCGUUUGUUCUUGGGAUCGAGCUUUUGGACGGUGAAGAUGGCAGUGUGACACUAUGUCAGCGUCGGUAUGUCGAUGAUAUCCUCAAGCGCUUUGGCAUGGAUGAUUGCAAGGCAGUCGCAAGUCCAGUCGACAUGAGCUCUCGACUUGUUUCAAGUGAUGCAACUACCAAGGUCGAUGCUCCUUUUCGCGAAGCUGUUGGUGCGUUGAUGCACCUGACCACUGCAACGCGUCCGGACAUUGCGUUUGCUGUGGGCUAUGUGUCGCGGUUCAUGGAAAAUCCCCAAGAAGAACACUGGGUUGCAGUUAAGCGUAUCUUUCGCUACCUACAAGGCACCAAGACGCAUGGAAUUUGCUACAAGCCAAGUGCAAGGAUCGACUUCCGUGGAUAUUCGGAUGCGGAUUGGGCUGGUGAUCUUACCGACCGCAAGUCAACAUCGGGGUACACGUUCAUGCUACUCGGUGCGCCAGUCAGUUGGGGCAGCAAGAAGCAGCCAAGUGUUUCGUUGUCCACGAGUGAAGCCGAAUACAUCGCACUCAGCUUGGCGAUUCAAGAGGGCAAGUGGAUUCAUUGUCUGCUUUGUGAGAUCGUGAUGGCUGCCAAUGAAGAAGGACCGGAACUCAUGAUCCAUGAAGACAAUCAGUCGUGUAUCAAGAUGACGAAGAACCCAGUCAACCACGGCCGUGCCAAGCACAUUGAUAUCAAGUACCAUCACAUCCGUGAUGAGGUCAAGCGCGGUGAAGUGAAGCUCAAGUACUGUGAAACUGCGGUGAUGUUAGCGGACAUCAUGACGAAGGGACUUCACGGGCCACGCCACAAGGAGAUGACGGCGACUCUCGGGAUUCGUGAGCAUUCGGAUUGA